AUGACCUUUUCCAAUCCUAAGUACGUGGGCUACGCGUACGUGAACGUGACACGCUACGGCCGGAGGAGUGAUUACUACGCGAACAUCCAGUUCGUCGCUAAAUACGUGACUACGAACAAUGUCUCGAUUCAUAUCUACGUGUACGAAUUCUCACGUAACCAGUACAAGCGGUCGUUCAUCGAGUUCCAUCACAAAAUGUGUGACUUUAUAAUGAAGGACGACUUGAUUGGAGCGAUAGUGAGAAAAGCGGGCCUCACGUGUCCCGUCCCAGCGGGCAAGUACACGAUGAUGAAUGUUACCACGAACUACGACCAUUUUCCCAGCGUCUUCCCCUUCGAGAAGGGUCGCCUUGACGUCUACUUGAACGCGACCGUGGAUGGGGAGCCAAUUGCCGUCGCCAUCGGCUACCUUACUUUCAAGAACGAAAUACAGAAGAAGAGACAUGGC